AUGCGCCACACGCUCCGGCGGUCGUGCUCUGCAUGCGCAAAGUCCAAACACAGCUGUGAUCUUGGCACUCCCCGCUGCUCCCGCUGUGUCAAACGCAAGGUCCAGUGUUUGUAUGCAAAUGAACCCUUGACUGCCCCUCAAAAGAAGACAAUCAUCCUCCCCCUUGGCACCAGGUUCUCGUCUGUUGAUCCUUUCGAGUCCUACCCGCAGACCAGACUGCCCCGAGGCCACGUCCAGCGUCUCAUUCACAGCUUUCUCCACAAGAUUGCCUUUCAAUACUACCCUCUGGAUCUCAGCCCAACCUCGAACCCCUUUCUGGUGUCUUGGUGGCCCCAAGCGCUCGGUGAUCCAGCCCUGUUUCACGUCUCACUACAGACGGCAUGCCUCGACGAGGAGCUGCUGGCCCAGAGGGGGUUUCAGGCUUCGACGGUGCUCAUGGCUGAUUCAGUGGCAUUGCUGCGCCGAAAGGUCGAAGACUCGGCUCUUGCAGUCCAAGACGGGACCAUGAACUCUGUUAUCACGCUGGCGGCUAUCGAGUUUGGGAAAGGCAACACGAGGGUUAGUGAGAUGCAUGUGGCUGGAGUCAAGAGACUGGUCGACCUACGAGGCGGCAUCAGCUUUGUAAGGCGAACGAGUCCACUUACAGCGAGGAUGGUCAGUUGGGUAUCACUGCUCGUCAUGGGCCAUCCACAAUUCGACACUCAAGACGACGCCGGCAUUGGAGACGGCAUACCUCCAAUACCAGAAUGGCGGCUGGACUUGCCCAUUCUCGAGGACCAACUUGGCAACCUCAAUAUCGACCAUCCCGUCAAGAACGUUCUCACACGCCUUCGCUGCGUUUUUGAACGGGCACAAUCCGCCCCAUUCCCCAACACACGACUGCACGACCUCACAUGCUUUGCAGUACACCGUCUCUUGCUCACCGCCGCUGGGGCCCAUGUAUCAUCGCCCGCGACCGAGUGCAUCCGUUACGGCAUUGUUCUCUACAUGUUCAUCAUCCAGGGGCCAACCUACUUCUCCCACGCCGCGCUCAUGAACAAACUAGUCACCAACCUGAGGCAACACCUCGAGCAGCAGCAAUUCGAGUUCGCAGCACACCAAGACGUCAACGUCUGGCUUGCCGCAGUCGGGCUGGUAGCCUCCGCCAACAACACGGCUCACUACGAGUGGUUCGCCGAACGAGCACGGGCGGCAUCAGCUUCGUUGCAAUUACGCAGCUGGACCGACACACUAUCUUGCAUCAAGAGGGUGCUCUGGCUCGAGAGGGUACACAGCGAAGGCAUUUUCCGACCACAUUGGGACAUGUUUUUUAUAUCAAGCCACAAUGACGUGACCACUACAGAUAUCAGCCAGCCGACAACGCCCCGUUCACUAGUAGCGAUACGGUCACUGCCAAGGGGAUCACCGCCAGGGAAAAAGCAGAGCGGUGUUGUGACUAGCAGUAUGGAUGUCAUAGGUUUUGGGUAG